CUCAGUGAGGCUGAUGCCGUGCAGCAAGCAGUAGGUAAUGAGUCUUUGUGCAGAGUGAAGCUCUUGUCGCUGAACAAUAAAGCAUAUGGUACCAGCAAUAAAACACAGGGCUGGGAAAUUUAAGAAGAUUCCGCUGAACCAAGAAGAACUGUGUCUUCGGUGAUGCUAACACAUAUUAUAAAAUGAUAAUCAACUUAUUUUGGAUUCUAAUGAAUAAAGAGUGCAAGGACUAAGACUACAGCUAUUUGAACAGGUACAUGUGACAGCGCUGCAGCUAUGAGUGGAAUUUUAAAGAGGAAGUUUGAAGAAGUUGACGGCUCCUCGCCCUGCUCCUCUGUGCGGGAAUCAGAUGAUGAAGUUUCCAGCAGUGAAAGUGCUGACAGCGGGGACAGUGUCAAUCCGUCCACUUCUAAUCAUUUUACCCCUUCCUCCAUUCUCAAGAGGGAGAAGCGGCUGAGGACAAAGAAUGUGCAUUUUAGUUGUGUCACCGUGUACUACUUCACCAGGCGGCAAGGCUUCACCAGCGUGCCCAGUCAAGGGGGCAGCACCCUGGGCAUGUCCAGCCGCCACAACAGCGUGCGCCAGUACACUCUCGGCGAGUUUGCCAGGGAGCAGGAGAGGCUCCACCGGGAGAUGUUGAGAGAACACCUCAGGGAGGAAAAACUGAACUCCUUAAAACUAAAGAUGACUAAGAAUGGCACAGUGGAAUCGGAGGAAGCCAGCACUCUUACAGUGGAUGAUAUUUCUGAUGAUGACAUUGAUUUAGACAACACAGAGGUAGACGAGUACUUCUUCCUACAACCCUUGCCAACAAAAAAACGAAGAGCCCUGCUGCGCGCCUCUGGAGUGAAAAAGAUUGAUGUGGAAGAAAAGCAUGAGCUGCGAGCCAUCCGCCUCUCAAGAGAGGACUGCGGCUGUGACUGCCGAGUGUUUUGUGAUCCAGACACGUGUACCUGCAGCCUGGCAGGCAUUAAGUGCCAGGUGGACCGUAUGUCUUUCCCGUGUGGCUGCACUAAAGAAGGAUGUAGUAACACAGCAGGUAGAAUUGAAUUUAAUCCUAUCCGUGUUCGGACUCACUUUUUGCACACAAUAAUGAAACUUGAACUGGAGAAAAACCGAGAGCAGCAAAUCCCCACGCUGAAUGGCUGCCACGGGGAGAUAAGUGCUCACAGUAGUUCCAUGGGCCCUGUCGCUCACUCCGUAGAAUAUUCUAUCGCAGACAAUUUUGAGAUUGAAACUGAACCCCAGGCUGCGGUGCUGCACCUGCAGUCUGCUGAGGAAUUAGAUUGCCAAGGAGAAGAGGAGGAAGAGGAGGAGGAUGGGAGCAGCUUUUGCAGCGGAGUCACCGAUUCUAGCACGCAAAGCUUGGCACCUAGUGAGUCAGACGAGGAGGAGGAGGAGGAAGAAGAGGAAGAAGAGGAGGAAGAUGACGAUGAUGACAAAGGAGACAGCUUCGUGGAAGGUUUGGGGACCCAUGCCGAAGUUGUCCCUCUUCCUUCGGUCCUUUGUUAUUCUGAUGGCACCGCCGUUCACGAAAGCCACGCAAAAAAUGCUUCUUUUUAUGCCAACUCUUCAACUCUGUAUUACCAAAUAGAUAGUCACAUUCCAGGAACUCCUAACCAGAUCUCUGAGAACUAUUCUGAAAGAGAUACUGUCAAAAACGGUACCCUCUCGCUGGUGCCUUACACAAUGACCCCAGAGCAAUUCGUUGACUACGCCCGACAAGCAGAAGAGGCCUAUGGUGCCUCCCACUACCCAGCUGCCAACCCCUCUGUGAUCGUCUGCUGCUCCUCUUCGGAAAAUGACAGCGGUGUGCCCUGCAAUAGCUUAUACCCUGAACACAGGUCCAAUCAUCCUCAAGUGGAAUUUCACUCAUACUUGAAGGGCCCCUCCCAGGAAGGGUUUGUCUCUACAUUGAAUGGUGACAGUCACAUUUCAGAGCAUCCUGCUGAAAAUUCUUUGAGCCUUGCAGAAAAGAGCAGAUUGCACGAAGAGUGCAUCAAAUCACCCGUGGUGGAGACAGUCCCUGUUUAGUCACUUAAAUUAUUCUAGGACCAACUCUUCUCCUAUUUAAGGCACUGUAUUUAAUUGGAUUUCCUGGGCUCAUCGUUGUUUAAACUGAAGACUAAGAAAACUUGGACUGUGGUUCAUCUUCCAGACUGUAUUUUGUUUUCUCCUUUCUAGCCACAUGACUGUGGCAUUGCACAAAUACAGUCUCUAGGGAUUUUAAAAGAUUUCAGACUGUUUUGAUAGAAAAUGCUAAAUUUUUAAAAUGCAUAUCUCACAGUUGCCUACCUGUCAAACUGUGUGAAACCUGCCAAGCUGUGUAGAUCAGAGCUCCAAGUUUUGGAUUAUCGGGCCUGUGCAAGAUUGUUAACUAAGACUGGGAAAUGAUAUGAUUUAGAGUCCUAAUUUUCGAUAUAUCUGAAGAGGAUGGUGACUUUUUAAUGUAAAAGUAAUUACUGUAAGAAACAGAUUUAAUUGUUCCAUGUGUAUUUUAUUUAUGGUAGUUUAGAAGUCAUGUUUUGAUGAAAAUGAACAGCAGCAUGUUCAUUCAAACUGAAGAUGCAUAGCUAUUACCACAGAGCAUGCCCACAUGGAUUGCAUCUGGAAUCCAUUCACAUUUUUAUGAUCAUGACUCAUCAAAUUUGCAAAUACUUUCUUAAGGGUGAAAUAGGCCUAUUUUUUUGCUAUUUUGGACAAAUAAAUGAGUCUAUACGUGCAGGUCCUUACACAGUUUUCUCUAAAGUUAAGAGUUAGGACAAUCCUCCAGGGAGGGUCUAGUUCACUGCCCUCCCUCCGUUGACUCCAGAGAUGGAGGUAGAAGGAAUUGCCUUUCUUUUUAAACAGCAUCAUCUUGGUUCUUAGCUUGGGCAGCACCUUUAAACUCUACCCCCUACAUCAAAAUGCACUUUAGUGCCCCUUCACGGUACCUCGUGUGGGGUGGGGACUGAGAACUCUUUGAGAUGAAAAAUUU